AUGUUGAUGUGCCACUGUAAGCCUGGUAACGUGCCGAUUUCCGAGAACGCACAUGACGCCCACUUUCCGAGUAUAAUCCUCGACCGUUGCGUCACCAACAUUGACGGGCUCAGCGCCGCAGCCCAAUUCAAAGUUGAAGGUCUUUUUUACCUCGGCAUUCCUCGCGGCAAAGAUGCCAUUCACUACAACGCACAUCGUAUUUAUGGUCGGAUGCGUUUGGCUAUGAUCAUGACAGGUUUCGAAUGGUUGGCUACGUACAGAAGAGACAACCCUCAUUCGAUAGCCACGACUGAAGAUGAUUACAAAGACACUUCAGGCCCCCAAGACCUAUUUGUGUUAAGAAAGAAUUAA